UCUGGCAACCCCUGAAAGCAGCCCGAAUCUAGCGGUUCACCCUGUAACCGUUUCUCAUCGGACUCCUUCAUCCAUCGCCCACACGUCAUGACCAGUGACCAAAUUCGACGCCUUUGUGCAUGUCCCCCCACACGACACGCUAUACGGGAUAGAAAUGUGGCCGACAGCCGCUAAAUUCUCAAAAAAGACAAACCUACGCGCGGGACUAAAGGUGUGAUGUCAACAGUUGGUGUCUAGAGGCGACACACUGAGGCGGUUUGUGUGUGUUGAUGAGUAAGUGGCGUAGCAGCAGAGAGUCGUGGAUGCCAAGAUGCUGCUGUCUUUGGGAAUGCUGAUGCUCUCAGCCACGCAGAUUUACACCAUCUUCACUGUUCAGCUCUUUGCCUUCCUCAACCUGCUGCCUGUGGAGGCAGACAUUGCUGCUUAUUCGUUUGACAACAAAACAGAAAACUUUGAUGACAUGCCUGCUCGGUUUGGCUUCCGGCUCCCCAGUGAUGGAUUAAAGGGCUUUCUGAUUGGUGCACGACCAGAAAAUGCCUGUGAACCCAUCGAACCUCCUCCCAGCGACAACUUGACGGGCGCCUUCAUCGUCCUCAUCAAGCGGUUUGACUGCAAUUUUGACGUUAAGGUCCUCAAUGCCCAGAAAGCUGGAUACAAGGCAGCCAUUGUUCACAAUGUAGACUCUGAUGACCUAAUCAGCAUGGGAUCCAAUGAUUUGGAUGUUGUGAAGCAGAUAGUUAUUCCCUCUGUGUUUGUAAGUUCAGAAGCUGCCAACACUCUGAAAGGUGACUACAUGUAUGACAAAGGGGGACAUGUGGUCCUCAUCCCAGACUUCAGCCUGCCUCUGGAGUAUUACCUGCUACCCUUUCUCCUCAUUGUGGCCAUCUGCCUCAUUCUCAUUGCCGUUUUCAUGAUAACCAAAGCUGUGCAGGAUUGUCGCAAGGCUUGGAAGAGUCGUCUGCGCAAAGAUCAGCUGAAGAAGCUUCCCAUUCACAAAUACCAGAAAGGGGACAGCUAUGAUGUCUGUGCCAUCUGCCUGGAUGAAUAUGAAGAAGGAGACAAACUCAGAGUCCUGCCCUGUUCACACGCUUAUCACAGCAAGUGUGUUGACCCCUGGCUGACCAAAACCAAGAAGACGUGUCCAGUGUGCAAGCAGAAGGUGGUCCCUUCCCAGGGCGACUCUGAUUCAGAGGAGAGCAGCCCCGAGGACAAUGAAGAGGUUUCGGAGAGCACGCCGCUCCUGCGAUCCUUGGCCUCAACCGGCGCUCACUCCUUCGGCACCAUGUCAAGCGCGUCUCGCUCGGAGCAGGACUCCUCCGAGUAUGAGGACGAGGAACUGGACAGCAGCGACAGCGAGGAGGUCACCUUAGAGACUGUGGUGGUACAGAUGCAGCAGCCGUGCUGCGAAAGCCGCGAUCAGGAUCUGCCUCGAGCUUGACUGACACGCUCCAAGUUACUGAGCCCCACCAACCCCAAGACUGUUGCUGGAGCCAUUCAUCAUCCUGCCCGUCAUUGCUCACAAUACAGGGGUAUUGUAAUGACAUCAGCUAUAGGAUUUCAAAUAACCAUUUUUGUUUUUACAUGAUUACUACUUUGGGCGCGGUCCUUCAUGUUCAGGCUGCAGCAGUGGCUUUGAAUCACAGACUGAAUGAAUGAAGCAGCUUUUAGAGCCACAGUGAUAUUAUGCCAAUUUGUGAAAUAUUUCAAGGAGCUUUAGUGCUCCUGCGUUUUGUGCCACUACUCAUCUGUUACAUCAAUUCACAUGUGAAACCUAAGAAACAAAUCACUUUUUUUAAAUAAAGGUUUACACAAUUACAACUUAAGAAUUUAACAUGUUGCAUGUAAUUUUAAUUAUUUGAUAAGUUACUUGUCAGGUAACGUCCAAUAAUCAAUUUGGUGCAGUGUUUCCUUUUAUUAAAAAGCCUCUUUUGGGCUGAUGGCUGUCUUUCAUGUUCAUGAAUGCCAUGAUUCUAAGCUUGCUUCAAUAAAACAGAAAAAUGUGUUGAUUUGCCCACAAGCUGAUCAAAACCUCACUUUGAUAAACCACCUUAAUUCCACGGGUUAUGCAACUAUUCUGCAUCUUUUCAGACUUUUAUGAUGAAGUGGUUUAAAUUGUAACUUCACUUGCACCGUUUUCAGUAUAUUUAAUUCCAACAUUGUCCAAAGAACGACUAAUUGUUCUUGUGUCCAAUUGCUACAGAGACUAGUUCCUACAAAAGUAACACAUUUGCGAAUUAGAUCCAAGUGUCUUUUUUUCCCCACUGCUUAGCCAUUUACCGAUUCAGGCAUUUAUAAAAACUUCUACAAUAAGAGCAUUUUCAAACCUAGCCUUUCAAAUAAUCCAGGAUUUUAAGUCCUAUGCCUAUUAAAAAAAAAGGUAACAUUUUGAGUAACGUCAUCUUUUUAAAAAUUCCCCCCAGAAGCUUUCAUUUACAUGGAGCAUACUCGGGUUAAGAACUGAAAGUAGAAAGGCGUCUUGUUGGAAUAAAUUUAUUUGAUCUGUCUGUAAACAAGGUGAUAAAUCAAUUUAUGGCAUUUGCUGGAUGCAUAUGAAACCAGAUGCAUUAAAGACUGUAUCCCAGAUGUAAGAAAAAAAAAAAAAAAGGUAAGCAAAGAGAUUGAAUUAAAGAGGAACAGGACUUAUUUUUUUCUUCAUUUAAAUGAAUAUAAGUGUCCCACAGGCCUAAACAGUGGAGCAGAAGCUAGAGGAACAAUGUAAAAGUACAGAUGAAUCAACUUUGUAGUGAAGAGUGGGUGAAAGUAAUCCCACAACAGAUCUUUACAUUAUGGCACAGGAUACACAAGUUCUGUAGUUAUGCUUUAACAACCAUGAGUGUCUUUGUUUGGACUAAUCCAGCGAGUACGGGGUCUACUUUUAGGUUAGUUUUCAGCUGGACCUUACAGUUAGCAGUACUGAGCAUGGACAGACCAUGUGACAAAAAGCUCAGCUGACUAUAAAGGCAAUUUAUUCCACAGUUAUGUAGUUAUCAUUACAGCGUGGGUUUGUACAAAUGCAAUCAGUUUGCUAAACUAUAAAGAACCAUUUUUCAGCUUCCCCCAUCCUAUAGGCUGAUCAUUUUAACCAUUCAAUUCUUGGGUUUACCACAUCCUUCAGCAGCAAAUAGUCCUGAUUUAGAGCAAUUGUAUAAACACAACUGUGACUACACUUGGUCCUAUAAAGAAAGGAAAUGGUUUGAAUUUUGUGGACUAAAUAGUUGUGUGCAGGGAUUACUUAUCAAAAAUGGCAGCUUCAAAAAGAAAAAAAAAGUGGCAAACGAUAGUUUUAAGUGCCUGAGCUAUAGUCUCUGGAAUGUCCAUGGGUUGGUGUACAGAUGUCAAGAGGAGGCAGGGGGGCCAGCAUGUCCAUGAUGCCUAACAAAGAUGCCUCACUUAAUCAAAGUGAACUCCUUAAAAAAAAACCAAAAGGCUAUGAAAAGCAUGAUGCAUGCUGGGUAGUGUUUGAAGGGUUGCAGUGAAUGAAAAACAAUUUGGCUUGGGAUGCUAGUGGUCUAAGAUUUGCAGUCUUCCCUCCUGGAUGACAGUAAGGAAGACGUGUUGCUGUGCAAGUACUCUAAAGGCAUUGGCUGCUCAGGUAGGGAGAUUUAAAUGAUCAAGUGAACACUACCAUGAAAAGUAUGGCAAAAAAGAAAGAUGUACUUUAAAUUCACUAUUCAGCUUUAUUACCAAGUGUUCUGCAACGGUCCUAUUGCUGGUCUUAGUAUGGUACAGGUAUAGAUUUUCAUGACAUCCUUUUUUUAAUUCUUUUUUUUUUAAAGAAAUUUGCCAAUUUCUGCUAUGGAUCAACUUGAGAGCCCAAAUGUUUUCUUUCAAAAAUCAAUAGCACAAAUGUUUUGAGGCAAAAACAGGAUUUAGGGGAAUAAGAUAACACAAUCAGGAAUAACUGAAAGGGAUGAAAAGGAGGGAAGGGUGGGCAAAAAAAAAAAAAAAA